GGAGCGGCGCUGUCUCAGCGGGCGAGUUAUUCAUUCCUGUCCAAACUCCGCUCCGCUCACAUUUUUUCUUUAUUCAACUCAGAGAUUCUCAGGAGGAUAAUUUUACUUCUUUGAUUUUUGUCGGUUCUACUUCAAUUGCUGAGACAUGGUGUGGCGGUUAAUCUGAAAACCAUGAACAGAAGUCGAUCUACUGACAUGGAGGUCACUGGAGAAAUCAGCGACACUGACAGUGGCAUCAUCCUUCACUCAGGCUCAGACAGCCCGACUACGAAUGCAAAGGAUGUGACGACACACACACGGGCCAUGAAGCUGAAGCACCAGGCGCUCCAAGGCCGGCUGGAGAUCUGCUUACAGGAGCUGAAGAAGCUCUGUAUCCAAGAAGCUGAGCUGACAGGUCAGCUGCCUAAAGAUUACCCUCUGCUACCAGGAGAGAAGCCUCCACAGGUUCGCCGACGCAUCGGAGCAGCCUUUAAACUGGACGAGGAAAACAUCCCUCAGGGAUCAGAGGACUCAGAGCUCAGUUUAGUGGAUGGCAAGUUGGCUCUCCAGCAGAAGAUUUACGAAGCCGCCCGCAAGGUCUGCGAAGAAGAUCACCUGAGCAGGGCAGUCAGGAAGAGUCGGAUUCUGCAGUGCAAAGCCGAGGAAAAGAAACUGAAGAAGCUACAAGAAUCUGCCUUUCAGCUGCGGCUGCGGCUGGAGCGUGGCCGCUCAUCGCCCCUCCCUGCUUUUAAUGUUCCGCAACAAGACCUUGGCGCAUCUGACAGCUCGUUAUCUGAUUCUGUGGUGCAAGAUGAAGAAGUUACCAGCCAGUCCUCUCAGCCGUCCUCUGGGCUUCCUCAUCCAGUGGAAACAGAUCCUCCUCAACCUCACGUCAUGUCUGCACAUUCCUCCAUCGACGGCUCCUACACGUCUCCAUCUGUGGCCCUGCAGUCCCUGCCGUCUAACCUCUGUCAGUCUCCCUGUCCCAGCGUCGACUCCAAGUCAAGUUUUACCUCCAGCCCAGCCUACGACCUUCCUCCCAUCCAGCACUCCCCCUGGACUGAGUCUAGUCUUGACCAGCCUUACCAGAAGAGCAAGAAGUCGCGUUCCUCCAGCACAAAGAGCAGUCCAGCCAAAUCUGAAGUGUUGCCACCGUUGGAGGCUUGCUUACCGCAGCAACUCUCCCAUAUGAGACUGAGCCGCGCCCAGUCCAACAGCACCCCCUCCACACCAGAGAUGCGUGUGCACAGACAGCUCUCCCUCAGGGUUUCCAAUCCAGAAUCCCCGUUAUUUAAGGACCGUGGUCGUAGCAGAGGCCCCAGGCGCCGCCUGACUGAAUACCAGAUCACUCUACCAGAAACUCAUUCUCCCACCAUGAGCCACAGCAGCCUGGCGAGUUCCGAGGACAGCAACUCUGAACGCUCCUUCUCUAUUCACAGCAACUCCCCGAGCCGCGAGUUCCCCUCUCCCUCACACAGGCAGUAUCAGCCGACAGCCCCCUUCUACAGCUCUGACCGCAGCUAUGGACCUCAAGCCCCCCCACCCGCUAACUUUCCCCGUAACCACAGGCCCAUGAGGAGCCCUGUGGUUCAGAGACUCUACUAUGGUGAAGAAAUGUUCUGCCACCCUGACAUGGAGCUAGCCAGGUUCCAUGACUCACAACAGAUGCCCCCCAGCCCCCACAGAUAUGACUGUUACUAUAGAGACGCUGCUGUACCCCACCAGAGAGCCACGAGGCCUUUACCUUCUGACAUCAGGCUCACCCCUCCAGCACAGAUGGACAGCUUACACUACCGCUCCAACGGCCUCCCCCGGCAGGUGGUGAAUGAGCAGCUGAAGUCCUGGCACCGCCGCAGUCAGUUCAAGACGCCACGGUCGCGCUCUCUGGACAGACAGGGAGCGGUGAGGCUGAAAAACGGGCCAGGCCGAGAGCCAGCCUGCUACCCCAACCAAGUUAUCCAAAGAGGAGCCCAUCAGAGAGACGCGGGGGAAGCUCCAGAGCACUGGCUGAUUGAUGACGGCUCUCACUAUAUGAGUCAAGUGUAGAAUUUAAACCAAUUCAUCCACAUACUGCAGUUUUAAUAAGUUGAACUAAAAUACUGUCGUCUGAAAAAUCACUUUUAUUAAGGCAUAUUUUUGUUCACCUGCAUUUGAGCAUGAAAUAUAAGACUGAUAUGUAGAACCUCUUCCCCACAGAAACGAGCAGAAGGUCAUGAUUUCCCCUUGCAAAGAUGGAUUAUGCUGCUGAUGUUUAGAUUUAGCGUAACUUUAAGGUUUUAUCUUUUCUACUUAACGUUCCCAAAUUAAGGGAACGGACUCUCUUUGCUGCUGCUUGUCCUGUUCAGUCAGAAAAGAUGAAAUGUUGGGCAGACAACAGGACCUCCACCAAAAUCACUGUUUGUUGAUUCUCAACAAAGCUG